CUGAGCAUUCGGGUUUACUGGACUUACUUCUCUCUUCCCUUUUUUUAGUCUUGGGAAUGCACAGCAUGAGAUUGCUCAACUUAACUAAAUAUAUGAAGAAAACAACACGUCAUGAUUGCUAAGGGUAAACGUCAUGUCGAAGAGAGCCUUCCUUCAGGCCGAAUGUCUGAACCCAGUCGGGCGAAGCCUGCCACAUACACUAUAUACUUACAAUAACAAUACCUGUUGCAAUCUGCUGAACCAAACGGCCGUAAUAGCUUCCUGUCUUCGACCAUCGGAACAACAUUUGGGCGGAUAUCCCCGAGACCCGUGGCCUCUUUCCAUGGUGGUGCCUGCUUUUGUCCCUAAUCUUGGCCGGCCAUGGCGAUGCAAACCAAGCCCCGUCUCACCUGUUGGAAAGCUCGACUCAUUGUUCAUUAUUUUAGAGCUUCAGAUAGCUCCACCUCCACCAAUGUUAGAGCUCCAAACCGGAGCUGCUCCUCUUCUUGUCUUACAUCUGUCUUCUCAGGAAUUGGCAGGCCGGCAGUAUGACAACCCGAGUGCUGCAAGGCCAUCGAGAGUUGACCAAGUUGAUGCCCUCUUGGUUAUUUCCAGCAGCAUGCAUAUGUGACAACUUCUAAGCUCUGCAGAAGUUGUUUCUGUUCCUCUUCUUCCUUCCUUCCAGGCUUCCACCACCCCCCACCACCGCCGCCGCUCUUUCUCCAGCCAUGAGAUCGAGAGGCACGGGAACUUGUUUCCUGGCUCUCCAGUUCAUCCUAUUCUUCACUUUCAAUAUUGCCGGCGUCAGUCCUCUGUCCUUCAAGCUGAAUUUCACCGAAUCCAACUAUACUGCGUCCACCGCAAUCCAGUUCCAGGAGGACGCCUUCUACAACAAGGGGAUCAAGCUGACCAAGGACCAGCUCAAAGACGAGAUCACUAACAGUGUAGGCCGAGCAGUCUACACCGAUCCAGUGCUUCUCUGGGAUACCACCACUGGUCAGUUAGCCGACUUCUCAACCCACUUCACCUUCAGGAUAACUGCCACAAACUUAACCGCAACCGACGAACCAUACGGUGAAGGCCUAGCCUUCUUCCUCUCACCGUACCCUUCGGUGAUUCCCAAUAGCUCAACUGGUGGUUUUCUUGGCCUCUUCAGCAAUGGGAGUGAUCAGAGUGACCCAUCCAAUGAGCUCGUGGCUGUUGAGUUCGACAGCCACGAUGACACAUGGGAUCCAAAAGGCGACCAUGUGGGCAUCGACAUCCAUUCAAUUGUAUCCGUAGAGAAGGUGUUGUGGAAUAGUAGCAUUAAUGAUGGUCGCAUAGCCAAUGCGUGGGUAAGUUACCAGGCCAGCUCCUUGAACUUGAGCGUCUUCUUGACGUACCUGGAGGAUCCACAAUUCAGUGGCAACUCCACCUUAUCUUAUACAGUUGAUCUCAGAAAAUACCUCCCAGGCAAAGUGGCCAUUGGCUUCUCAGCUGCCACGGGUAGAUUUGUUGAGCUCCAUGAGAUACUUUACUGGGAAUUCAAUUCUACGGAUUUGCAGCUGAUGAAGACUGAGAAGAUGAGAAGUGUACUGGUCAUAAGCUUGGCUACUACCAUAAGUGUCAUGGUAUGUUCUGUGUGCUUGGUUUGGUGCCUUCUGCAUUUUAGGACUAGGAGAUCAAGAAAUGAGAAACAAAAGAAGCUAGGGUAUCAUGAGUCCAUUGAUGGUGAAUUUGAAAAAGGGAGUGGCCCAAGAAGAUUUCGGUACAAUGAACUUGUGGCCGCCACAAGGAACUUUGCUUUGGAGAGGAAGCUUGGAGAAGGAGGAUUCGGCGCAGUCUACCAGGGCCUUUUGAAGGAUCAAAACCUCGAUGUUGCCAUAAAGCGAGUGGCAAAAGGGUCUACACAGGGAAGGAAGGAGUACAUAUCUGAGGUCAAGAUCAUCAGCCGGCUGAGGCAUCGCAACCUUGUGCAGCUUGAGGGCUGGUGUCAUGAGCAUGGAGAGUUCUUGCUUGUCUAUGAGUUCAUGCCAAACAGGAGCUUGGACACACACCUCUAUGAUAACAGUAAUUUGAUAACAUGGCCAUUGAGGUUCAAGGUCACCGCAGGUGUUGCAUCUGCCCUCCUGUACCUCCACGAGGAAUGGGAGCAAUGUGUCAUUCACCGUGAUAUCAAACCGAGCAAUGUCAUGCUUGAUUCUGCAUUCAAUGCCAAGCUUGGUGAUUUUGGGCUCGCGCGACUCAUUGACCAUGACCGAGCCUCGCAAACUACAGUGUUAGCUGGGACAAUGGGUUACAUGGCUCCAGAGUGUGUCACCACUGGCAAGGCAAGCAAAGAAUCUGAUGUCUACAGCUUCGGGAUUCUUGCAUUGGAGAUUGCAUGUGGAAGGCGACCAGUUGUGCUAAAGGAAGACGAUGACAAGAUCGUAUUGGUUCAGUGGGUAUGGGAUCUCUAUGGAAGAAACAAGAUUCUUAAUGCAGUUGACAGCAGGCUUGAUGGCGCAUUAGAAGAUAGAGAGGCAGCAUGCUUGAUGGUUGUUGGACUAUGGUGUGCACAUCCAGAUUACAAUCUCCGACCUUCGAUUCGUCAGGUCAUAAGUGUACUGAAGUUUGAAGCACCAUUGCCAAACCUUCCCCCGAAGAUGCCAGUGGCCAUGUACUUUGCACCGCCAAUUUCUCUGUGCAGGUUUUCAUACACCUCAUCUGAUGGGACACUCAAGCAGCAGGAGCUGGAGAGGUCCAAUGGUUAUGGGAAAACAAGCUCGUACACUGCAACCAAUGCAUCCAGUUCACCUCCUUCUGUGCGGCUGCCAGAGGUGGGCUACUAAGUCUGGCAGUUCCUUUCUAUAUGUUCAACAUUGUAACAUUUUCGAUUUUGUUUGGUGCCGACUGUAUUAGAAUGGCACUAAAGUUAAACUGCAGAGAUGUUGUUAUUAACUCUGGCUGGAUGCUGCAAACAGUUUAAUUCAGUUACUCGUGUAUAGAUUGGCUACCUGUAAAACAUAAGCAAUGAAUGUAUCCUGAGUGAGUACCUAGAGUGGUGUUGGCAGUUGUUGUAUUCAGCAAGACAAUUGCACAUUUGUAUUUGGAUAUUUCAUCACAUGACGAUAAAAAUUAAAAUCAAUUCUGGCACUACAUCAGGUGAAGGCCUACUCUCACAACCUACUAACCGUAGAUACAGUGAACAAACACCACUGAGCAUAUGUCCUUCCUGCUUAUCUUUGGUUACCUUUUUGUUGAACUAUGUUCCCUUCCACUCCCUCAACUGUGCAUUGAGAAACUAGAUGUAGAUGUGCCCUACUUGAAUCGACCUUACACCGAACUAUUCAAGUGUUGGGACUGUUACCAUAAUGCAAACAUAUUUAUACUCCCAUAACAAAAGGAAGUAAUAAACUACAUAAUUAUAUCUGUACCCCAUAACAAAAGGGAGCAAAUUACCAAAUAGAUAAACCACUAAAAUGAAAAAUAGUUGGUAUAGAAUUUUGUUUCUUUGACUCAUACCAGAACACCAAACAAAAGAUGCGGAACACUGAGUAAAUUAAGGUCAAGUAAAAUAAGAUCUUACAUGCCCAUAUUCGUCCCUAAUGCACAGAGCACCAUGUCAUUGAGAUAUUCACUGGAGGUCCAUCAUACUGAAGUAACAGUAUUAAACCACGGUAACGCUGAAUAAAACAAACUUGACAUGCCCAAAGCUCAAACUACAAAAUUUGCCAUGUCCGUUGCUUGCGAAGCAACUGUGUAAAAUGUCAAACAACCAUAGAGUUCAGGCAAUGUAUUAUUUUAGGUGAGGGUUCAUGAAAUUUGGAACUAGAAUCCAACACUUUGAUCAUGUACCACGAAAUCAACUAUAUAGGGCCAGCAGAAGCACCCGCACUGUUAGGAAUAAGCAACUUGUAUUCCCAUGAGGCCAUAGGCCGAUAUAUAUAUACAUGUACAGGUGUGGAACAUAUG